AUGACCCCAGUGGGUCCAAUACGUGCAUCUAAAAAUUUAUGUGAACUUUGUUUAUUUUUUGACUCUUCAACAGUAGCUCCUCUUAUUGAGCCUUCAUCCUCUGCAGCAGUGAAUGACCUUCAGCCAGAAGAAGAAGGAGACAACAACGUUAGACGCAGCUGCAGAGUUCGUAGAUACCGAUACAACACUUUGAAUCAGUCUGUCCUAUAUGAUCGCCUCAUCACUAAUACUGCAGAGGCUGUUUUACAGAAAAUGGAUGAUAUGAAGAAAAUGCGUCGUCGAAUGAAAAGCUUUGAUAACCUGCAUGAUACAGAAGAAGAAGAAAAUAUAGAUUUGUAUUCUGGAAGAAAGAGAAAGAGAGGAACUGUAACUAUGGAUGAAGAAACUACAGAUAACCAAGAUGAAGAUGGUAACGGAGAGUUUUCAGGCGAUGAUCAAGAAGAUGAAGAAGACAAUCAGAAGCGUUAUGAUUUUAGAAAACGAAAAGCUAUGGUGCGCUACCAGGCACCUCUGGAUGAACCAAGAAAGCAAAACAUAUUCUACAGAGGCCAUACCUCUCCUGCUAGGCGAAGGUAUCGGUUCCGCACUAAUGCUCCGCAGAGCUCUUAUUGUAAUGGAAGAAAGAACAGACGAAGACAUGCUGUUCACAGCAGUGAUUCCACAUCUUCAUCUGAAUCGGAUGAUGAACAAUAUGAGAGGCGCAGGAGUAGAAAAAGAAUUCAGAACAGGUGCCUUCCACUGAAUUUCCGAAAAGACGAUUUACUGGGAAUUCACAAAGAUCGCAUGAAGAUUGGCUCGGGCCUUGCUGAUGUUGAUCCAAUGAGCAUUGAUAAAACGGUGACUUUUGACAGUAUUGGCGGUUUGAAAAGUCACAUUGCACUUUUGAAAGAAAUGGUCCUGUUGCCCUUGUUAUACCCAGAAGUGUUUGAGAGACUGAAAGUUUCACCUCCACGAGGCUGUUUGUUUUAUGGACCCCCUGGCACUGGCAAAACAUUGUUAGCCAGGGUGCUGUGUAAUGAAUGCAGUCAGGGAGGUCAAAAAGUUUCAUUUUUUAUGAGAAAAGGUGCAGAUUGUCUGAGCAAGUGGGUUGGUGAAUCAGAGCGACAGCUCCGCCUGCUUUUUGAUCAGGCGUACAAGAUGCGGCCGUCAAUAAUAUUUUUUGAUGAAAUUGAUGGGCUGGCUCCUGUUAGAUCCAGCAAACAAGACCAGAUACACAGUUCUAUUGUGUCCACCUUGCUGGCACUGAUGGAUGGUCUGGAUAAUCGUGGUGAAGUCAUAGUGAUAGGUGCCACGAACAGGCUUGAUGCCAUUGAUCCAGCAUUGAGACGGCCUGGGCGCUUUGAUCGAGAAUUCCUCUUUGAUCUCCCUGACAGAGAAGCCCGUAAAGAGAUAUUUAAAGUUCAUGCUUCCCAUUUCCAUCCAAAGCCCUCUGAUGCUUUGCUGGAAGAACUUGCUGAGAAGAGUGUCGGGUAUUGUGGUGCAGACAUCAAGGCCGCUUGCACUGAAGCUGCACUUUGUGCUCUUCGUCGGCGAUACCCACAGAUCUACUCUACAAGUGCAAAGCUGCAGCUGAAUGUGGAGUCAAUUGUCGUCAGUCCCAGGGACUUUGCAACAGCCAUGCGCAAAAUUAUACCUGCCUCCCAGCGCUCAGUAAAUUCUCCUGCAGAGGCUUUGUCACCCAUCAUGAAACCUUUGCUUGAAAAUACUUUGCAAGAAAUUAUGGAAGCACUUAAACAGGUCUUCCCACAUGCAGAAGAAAGACUGAAGAGGAAGCAACCCAAAGACAUUGAAAGCUUUGUUUUGGAAGAGGCAAUGAUGUACUCUGAUGACAAUCAAGCAGUGACUGAAAAUACCUCUUGUCCGGGUGAGACCCAGCAGGUGGCUGUUCUCGAUUUGAACAGACAUGUAUUCUAUCAACCAACAUCCUUUCGCCCAAGACUUCUUUUAGCUGGAGAUUCAGGGUCUGGUCAGAGCGCCCAUUUAGGUCCUGCUGUCCUACAUGUUCUGGAGGCAUUUCCAUCCUACUCAUUGGAUAUAGCAUAUCUAUAUGGAACAAGUACUACUACUCCUGAAGAAGCCUGUACACAGGUACUGCGUGAAGCAAAGAGAACUGCUCCAAGUAUUGUGUACAUUCCUCGGAUACAGCGCUGGUGGGAGACAGUGGGUUUGUCUCUCAAAGAGAUUUUUCUUGUCUUGCUCCAGAGCAUCCCUUCUCACACGCCUGUCUUUUUGCUGGCAACGUGUGAUUUACCUUAUGAGCAGUUGCCGACUGAGAUCCAGGAUAUGUUUCGUAGUCAUUAUGGAGAAGUUUUCCAUAUUACUGUGCCAAAUGACAAUGAACGAAGGAAGUUCUUUGAGGAGCUCAUUUUAAAUCGGGCAGCCAAGCCUCCGGUUCUAAAACAAGCCAUGCCCGUACUUGAGGAUCUCCCUGUGGUACCACCUCAGCCCCGCCAGCUGACACCUGAAGAGGUGAUUCAACUGGAAAAAGAGGAGGAAGACAAGUUGCGGGAGUUAAGAAUCUUUCUCCGUGAUGUCACCAACAAGUUGGCUGUAGACAAGCGGUUCCGUGUCUUCACUAAGCCAGUCACGCCAGAAGAGGUUCCUGAUUACAACACUGUUAUCAAGGAGCCCAUGGACUUGUCUACUAUUCUCAGUAAAAUUGACUCCCAUAAGUACAUGACUGUAAAGGAAUAUUUGUGUGACAUGGAUCUCAUCUGUGCCAAUGCUUUGGAAUAUAAUCCUGAUAAGGAUCCUACUGAUCGUUUAAUCAGGCACAGAGCUUGUAUGCUGAAGGACACAGUUCAUGCGAUCAUUCGAGAAGAGCUGGAUGAAGACUUUGAGAAACUAUGUGAAGAAAUUAAGGAGUCACGUGAAAAGAGAGGUUGUUCAGCUGCAAAGUUUGCUCCUUCCUAUUAUCAUGUGCAACCAAAGCAGACUCUUGCAGUAGAGGGAAAGAAAACCUCUGAUGCAUCAAAAGCCAUUGUUUACACGUUACCAACAGCCUCAAGUACUCCAGCUAACCCGGCAGUUGUAGCUACAAAAAAAAAGAGAAGGAGCCGAAGAUACCUCUGGAGAGCGGGCUUCUACAAAAAAAAGAAAUUAUUUCACAAUGUCCAAGAGAAUGUUACAGCUGCGGAAGAAGAAGAGGAUGAGGAGGAGGAAGAGGAGGAAACCGGUGCAGAUACAGAAGAUGCAGAAGACCGACUGGAUUCAUUAAGCCAGUCUAGCCUUAGUCAAGUUGAAAAUGAGACUGGCGGGGAUUUGUCUCUUGACUGUACCUCUGCUCAAAGUGAAACAUCGGCAGAAGGACCACAAGGUGUUCUUCAAAAUGGAGAAAUAUCCAAAGAUACCAAUAAAGUUCUGACGCGGCAGGCAAGACCACAACCCCUGGUAGCUAAACUCCAGCACCCUAGUGAAGCAGUAACUGUGAAGGCGAGUUCAGGGAGCAGCGGCACACUAACUGUGGACCACCAAAAGCUACAGGAUCUGCUAGAGAAGCUCAGUGUUAAGGCACGCAGCUGCACUGUCCUGGAGCUUGAGAGGCUUCAUACCAUAGUCGCUCAGUGUGUCUUUAGGCACAGAAAGGAAGAUGACAAGACCGCACUAAUACAGGAAAUAGAAGCCAAGAUUGAAAGUUUCAGAUCAAUGGAUCAAUAAUUUUAUAUUGUGAAACUUUUUCAUAUUUAAGAAUUUCGGUGAAAUACUUUUUCUGUUGCUACAAAGCAAUUAUCUAUUGUAUAUGGAAAAAAAAUGUAUAUCAUUGGCCUUUGCCCAAUCAGAUCUUGGGUUCUUAUAUCUUAACUGAUGCCGAGUGCUUUAGUAAUGACAACGCCGUAUUUAAUGCUUUAUUUUAGGUAAUUUAUGGUGCCCCAUAAAACUAAUUCCUUAUGAAUUCCUGCAAUUCGCAUGAAACCAAUUAAAUACUUUUUUUAAAUCUA